GAUCGGCCCAUGCGUUUUCGGAAUUCUCAGGCGUUAGUUCACAUGGUAACUUGUAAGAACGACGAGACGCCGAACGUAACCAGAGAGAAGACAGGGGAGAGAGAGAGAAUAUAUUGUCCGUGUUUGUUCGACUGUUCGUUCAUAGGCCUCCCGGCCCUCCCGCAGUCUCUCUUCCAAGAUGCAAGUACAUCGCAGGGUCCCGGAGCUCCUUUUUAGGUUUUACUGAAUCCCCUGGUCCCCGACGAAGAAAAUUGAUUGGAAAUCGGCGGAGCACUUGUACCUUCACAGCCUCGCGGGUGUUGCUACUCAGCUGGUGGUUAAAACAAAGCUCAAGCUGCAUUUUUUUGAUUGCUUUCCGUGAGGAUUUAACAUAAAAGCAUCUCACCGAUCUUCUAGGUCCUGUUAAUGGGUGCUCCGAAGCAGAAGUGGACUGCAGAAGAAGAAGCAGCCCUUAAAGCCGGAAUAGCAAAGCAUGGGGCCGGCAAAUGGCGCACAAUACUGAGAGAUCCUGAAUUCAGUAGCAUAUUGUCUAUGCGUUCGAACGUGGACCUCAAGGACAAGUGGAGAAAUAUGAGUGUGACAGCACAUGGAUGGGGAUCUAGGGAUAAGGCUCGAUUAGCCCUCAAAAGGAGUCAACAAUUCCCUAAACAAGAUGACAACCCGAUGGCUAGUGAUGAAGAAAUAAUUGAUGCAAACCCCCUUGCACUUUCUAGCGAAACAUUGCAGACUGCUGGUCUAAAAAAACCUAUGACAAGGUUAGACAAUCUUAUAUUGGAAGCGAUAUCCACUUUGAAUGAACCUACAGGUUCUAACAAGACUGCUAUCUCUACAUACAUUGAGGAUCAAUGCUGGGCUCCUUCAAACUUCAAAAGGCCAUCAUUGUCUGCAAAAUUGAAACAUUUGACAGCAACUGGGAAAUUAAUUAAGGUGAUUCAUGCGCCAAGUCUCUGGGUAAAGCGUAAGUACAGAAUAGCACCAACCUCGAUUUUCUUGGAAGGACGAAGAAUAAACUCUGGGUUGGCACUCAUUGAGGGAAGACAGAAAGAUUCAGAAAAAGAUGAUGUGAAGAUAUUUACUAGAUCCCAGGUAGAUGCAGAGCUGGCCAAGAUGAGACACAUGACUGCAAAAGAGGCUGCUGCUGCUGCUGCGCGGGCAGUUGCAGAGGCGGAAGCGGCCAUGGCUGAAGCUGAAGAAGCAACAGGAGAGGCGGAAGCGGCAGAAGCUGAUGCGGAAGCAGCACAAGCCUUUGCUGAGGCAGCGAUGAUGACGUUGAAUGGCAGAAACUAUUCAAAUCUGGUAAAAUUCUACCUUCAUGUGUACAUGUGUGUGUGGAUUUGCAUAUUCACUUUAUGAAGUAGUUUAUAGAGGGAAAAAAAUUCUACAUGGCCUUUAUUGACUUAAUUAAGAAAUAUGGUAGUGUAUCUAUUGGCUGCAAAAGGGUAUCAAGUUGCAAUAAUGAUGUAAUAGGGAUAUCUUCAAUGGAACAUCGUUUUCAAGGCA